CCUUCCCCUCUAAAUCCUUUUGCACUUCGGUGUGUUUUCGUGGACGUGGAGUGUACUCCCGGUAUCUCCUUUGCAAAUGGGCUCCAUCGCCUAGCGUUCGCCCCCCUGAGCCAGGUCACCUGUGGUCUCGAGCUGUUGGGGUUCUGCUGGGCGCAGCAUUAGGAAGAUUUCGAGGGUUUACAACUGCAUAAGAACAAAGAUCAAGAAACAUGGCAGCAAUCCCGUCAAGCGGCUCCCUUGUGGCAACCCACGACUACUACAGAAGGCGUCUGGGUUCCACAUCCAGCAACAGCUCCUGUGGAAGUGCUGAGUACUCUGGAGAAGUUAUCCCUCACCAUCCAGGUCUCCCCAAGUCUGACCCUGGACACUGGUGGGCCAGCUUCUUCUUUGGCAAGCCAACCCAUCCGGUUAUGACAACAGUAUCGGAAUCCCCAGAGAACUCAGGAACCUUCCAGGUGGCAAACGGCAUGAUCACAUGUGGCCUGGCUCAGGAAGUGAUGAGGAAGCGCCAUGCCAGCGAGCCCAGCAAACCCAACAGUGGCCCCUCUGCGUGAGGCGGCUGGCGCCCCCUGGCUGACGCUUCUGACUUGAGCGCUAGGAGUCAGAGCCCAUUUUCCACUCCCCCUCCCUGUAGAGUAGGUAGGCUGCUUCGAGUACUACUUAGACGUAGGUUUUUAUAAAAACAAAAAUGGCAUUAAAAAAAAAAAUCCUACACCAUCCUUUUCUACUCUUUUUUUUGUGUCAAUGCAACUACGUCUUUUAUUUUCCCAUGCAGCCUUGGUAACACUUUUGUUUACUUUGUACUCGUCUAAUGGAAACUAAUAAAACCUGAGCAGCCUUCUAAA